CAUCGAUGCAUCGUUUGCAUAUCUAUUUGUGAUUUAAUUAGAGGAAUAGCAAGUUUUUGCAGUGAAGUACUAGGAUAAAGUGAAAUAAUAUAUGUAGUUUAGAAUAAAAAUGGCUCAAAAUAACAAAGGAAAUAAGAACAAACAAGCUAAACAGCAAGGUGGUAAAAAGAAUGUCCAAGAGAAAACCACGCAACAAAAAAAAAAACAAGAAAGCACGGAGCAGAAAAAAUGUGGUGUCUGCAAGUGGGUCCUGGGCAGCCUUGUAUUGAUCACAGUGAUUGCUAGUGUGUUGAUCUACGACACGAAUGUAAACGGGAAAGGUGUGUUUGAACGUUCAACUACCGGGAAAGUAUUGAAGAAUGCCGGAGUGUUACCGCAUGUGAAGAAUGCUUGGUACAUGUCGAUGGGAGCUGCAGCACGUGGUUACAAAUGGGCCGAACUCCAUGUGCUACCAUACGCGAAGCCUGCUGGCCAGCUGGUGUGUGAUAUCUUCAGAUUGUCACGCAAUGCCGCCUUUAAUAUAUAUGGUGUGUUCUCAGAUUUUGUAACGUCUAAACUACCUGUUGCUGCGAACUUUCUCGAAUAUGUUCCUGGUUUCUCUAAAAAAAUCGGAGACACUUCAUUAGUGGUCAAAAAUGUUUGUGCGGAUGUGUUUGGAAAGACAGUAUUCUUCUUUAAGACACAGGUUUUCAUUGGCCGCUUUUCUCCCGAAAAUCUUAGCAAAGUUGUGAAUCAGACUCGCAAUGCUGCACUCGAAUACUAUAUUCAGUUCCAUAAAAAUGUUGAUACUUAUUCAAAACUGAAAUGAUUUUAAGUACAAAUACAAAAUACUACAUAAAGGCGAUCAUUUCCACAAAUUCAAUCCAAUUCAACAGAACACCUCCACUAAGACCAAUGCCAAUCACCCAACAGCAAAAACGAUUGCACGGCACAUCAAAUAAUGACAUCAAAAUAUGUUUAAGUGCUUGUAAAAAAAACUUUUUAUCUCACCAUGAAUAUGUUGAGGUGGACCUUACUAAUUGUUUGGUGACUACUGUACUAAAUCCAUCUCGCAUUUAAGAUCUUAUUCUAAUUUGAUAUAUUCCAUUAAACUUUUUUGUUUUGCAAAAACAAAAGUAGUUGUUGAAAUAUAAUUCUAUUGACAGCAAUUUUUUUAAAUGUAUACUCGGCAGACACAUUAAAAGGUAAUAUACAUAUUAGGAUGGUCCAAAAUAAGUCGGCAUUUUAAUGCUUUCCCCUCCUAGUAUUGUUCUAUGUCGAAAAAAAUAUACCCCUAUUUUUUUAUUUUGAAAUUAAAAAAUAUUUAGGGAGUCGCUCAAAUCGCUUAA